UUAAGGCAGGGCACGAGUUUGGGGACUUGUGGUCCUGGGUUCUAGCUCGUCACCAGCCUCCAGCUGUGUGGCCUCAAUAGAGUUACCAGCCUCAGAGCCUUGAGUUCCACACCAGAAAAGCAGGACAGUUAUCACCCUUGCCUGUCGCACAGCGCUUGGCAGGGUUAGGUGUGAGGGAAAGCUUCAUAAAUUGCGAUGUGUGGUGCAGAUCUCAUUUGUUUACAGAAUAUUGAAUAAUACAAUACAGUAAGAAAAAAAUGGAUGAAGAGCCUGAAAGAACUAAGCGAUGGGAAGGAGGCUAUGAAAGAACAUGGGAGAUUCUUAAAGAAGAUGAAUCAGGAUCACUUAAAGCUACGAUAGAAGACAUUCUCUUCAAAGCAAAGAGAAAAAGGGUAUUUGAGCACCAUGGACAAGUUCGACUUGGAAUGAUGCGCCAUCUUUAUGUGGUAGUAGAUGGAUCAAGAACAAUGGAAGACCAGGAUUUAAAGCCAAAUAGACUGACAUGUACUUUAAAGUUGUUGGAAUACUUCGUAGAGGAAUAUUUUGAUCAAAAUCCUAUUAGUCAGAUUGGAAUAAUUGUAACAAAGAGUAAAAGAGCUGAAAAACUGACUGAACUCUCAGGAAACCCAAGGAAACACAUAAUAUCUUUGAAGAAAGCUGUAGAUAUGACUUGCCAUGGAGAGCCAUCUCUUUAUAACUCCUUAAGCAUGGCUAUGCAGACUCUAAAACACAUGCCCGGACAUACAAGUAGAGAAGUCCUAAUCAUCUUUAGCAGUCUCACAACCUGUGAUCCAUCUAAUAUCUAUGAUCUAAUCAAGACCCUAAAGGCAACUAAAAUUAGAGUGUCUGUUAUUGGAUUGUCUGCAGAGGUUCGGGUUUGCACUGUGCUUGCUCGUGAAACUGGUGGCACAUACCAUGUUAUUUUAGAUGAAAGCCAUUACAAAGAAUUGCUGACACAUCAUGUUAGUCCUCCGCCUGCCAGCUCAAGCUCUGAAUGCUCACUUAUUCGUAUGGGAUUUCCUCAGCAUACCAUUGCUUCUCUGUCUGAUCAAGAUGCAAAACCCUCUUUCAGUAUGGCGCAUCUGGAUAGCAACACUGAGCCAGGACUUACAUUAGGAGGCUAUUUCUGCCCCCAGUGUCGGGCAAAGUACUGUGAGCUUCCUGUUGAAUGUAAAAUCUGUGGUCUUACUCUGGUGUCUGCUCCCCACUUGGCACGGUCUUACCAUCACUUAUUUCCUUUGGAUGCUUUUCAAGAUAUUCCCCUGGAAGAACAUAAUGGAGAAAGAUUUUGUUAUGCCUGUCAGGGGGAACUGAAAGACCAACAUGUCUAUGUUUGCACUGUGUGCCAAAAUGUUUUUUGUGUGGACUGUGAUAUUUUUGUUCAUGACUCUCUCCAUUGUUGUCCUGGCUGUAUUCAUAAGAUUCCAGCUCCUUCAGCUAUUUGAUUCCAGCGUAUAAUACACAUUGAAUGUGUUAAAAAGACAUUUGCGACUGUAAAUAAAAUGAUUCUUUAGAAGAAACUCCAGUGAAGAACAGUUUGAAA